AUGUGGUUGAAAAUAGAGCAUAUUUUUAAUCUUUUAGAAAAACGAACCAAAAUAUGUCCCAACUCAGUAUGUCAAUGUGAAAAAACAUUAAAAAUAAUCGAAAAUUGUGAACAAUGCAAAAAUAAUAUAAAAUGCGAGGCAGAAUACCUGAUAAUGUGCAAUGAUUGUCUUUAUGAAGUAUUAGAGGGAGAGUCUGAUAACUGGUCAAGUGGAAAUUUACAAAUUGACGAAUUUAUUAGAAAAGCACAGCGAUCAUUAUAUUGUACCCAAUACCUUGAACGAACUCCAUAUAAGUUUUACAUUCGGUACCCUGAACGGAUUCCAUAUAAUUUUUAUCCUGAAUACCCUAAACGGAUUCAGUAUAAUUUUUAUACUCGAUACCCUGAAUGGAUUCCAUAUAAUUUUUUAACCAAGAUAAAAUAUAUUGGUAGAGGCAAAUUUGGUGCAGUACUUUCUGCAGAAUGGAGCCAAGGAGCCAAAAAAAUACAAAAUUCUGGUAAUAAGCACUAUUACAUUCGAUCAGAUCCCUGUGCAGUUGUUUUAAAAAAAUUCAAAGAUAUGAAUCAGCUUUCAAUUGUAGAAUUAUGCUUCCAAGAUUUGUAUUAUUGUUGUAACUUAUAUGGAAUUACCCAAGAUCCUUCAACAUCAGAAUAUAUGUUUGUAGAACCCAUAUCUCUAUGUGAUAAUUGUCUCCGUAAAGCGUUAAAAAAUGAGUGUUCUAAAUGGUCAAGUGGAUAUAUAUUAAUUGAUGAAUUUAUUAGAAAAGCACAGCAGUCAUUGCCUUAUAAACGGUAUCCUGAAUGGAUUCCAUAUGAUUCUUUUACCGAGAUAAAACAUAUUAAAGGCGAAUCUGGUGCUGUAAUUUCUGCAAAAUGGAGCCAAGGAGCCAAAAAAAUUCAAAUAUUUAAUAAUGGACUCUAUUACAUUCGAUCAGAUCCCUGUGAAGUUGUUCUGAAGAAAUUAAAAGAUAUGAAUCAGAUUUCAAUGAUAGAAAUACGCCACCGAGAUUCGUUUUAUUGUUGUGACUUGUAUGGAAUUACCCAAGAUCCUUCAACAUCAGAAUAUAUGCUUGUAGAACCAACUUCUCUAUGCAAUAAUUGCCAUCAAAAAGCAUUAGAAAGUGAAUUAAUUGAUGAAUUUAUUAGAAAAAUACCGUGGUCUUUACCUUAUAAUCUAUAUCCUGAAUGGAUUCCAUAUGAUUCUUUUACCGAAAUAAAACAUAUUAGAGACGAAUUUGGUACUGUAAUUUCUGCAAAAUGGAGCCGAAGAGCCAAAAGAAUACAAAGUUCUAAUGAUGAUCACUAUUAUCUUCGAUCGGAUCCCUGUGCUGUUGUUCUAAAGAAAUUUAUGAAACAGAUUUUGCUUAUAGAAAAGCAGUUUCAAGAUCGAUCUGAUUGUGGUUGUUUAUACGGAAUUACCCAGAAUCCUAAAACAUUAGAAUAUAUGUUUGUAGAAGCUACAUAUCUAUGUGACUGUAAAGUGUUAAUAGGUAAAUUUUCUAACUGGUCAAGUGGAAGUUUGCCAAUUGAUAAAUUUAUCAGAAAUGCACAGCAGUCACUACCUUAUGAUCGGUAUCCUGAAUGGAUUCCAUAUGAUUCUUUCAUCGAAAUAAAAUAUGUUAAUAGAGGAGAACUUGGUGCAGUAAUUUCCGCAAAAUGGAGCAAAGGAACUAAAAUAAUAUACAAAUCUGACAACGAGCGUUAUUAUAUUCGAUCGGAUCCCUGUGCAGUUGUUCUAAAGAAAUUUAUUAACCAAUCUUCUUUACUUUUAGAAAAGCAGCUUCAAGAUCGAUCUGAUUGUUGUUGUUUAUAUGGAAUUACCCAGAAUCCCUUGACAUUAGAAUACAUGAUUGUAGAACAUACAUAUCUAUGCGACAGUUGUCUUCACAGAGUGUUAGUAAGCGAAUUUCCUAAUUGGUCAAGUGGAAAUUUACAAAUUGAUGAAUUUAUUAGAAAAGCACAGCAGUCAUUACCUUAUAGUCAGUACCCUGAAUGGAUUCCAUAUAAAUUUUUAUCCGAAAUAAAGUAUAUUGAUAGAGGCGAAUUUGGCGCAGUAAUUUCAGCAAAAUGGAGCCAAGGUGCCAAAAAAAUACAAAAUUCUAACAAUGAGCAUUAUUACAUUCGUUCAGAUCCCUGUGCUGUUAUUCUAAGGAAAUUUAUGAAACAGUCUUUACUUACAGAAAAGCAGCUUCAAGAUCGAUCUGAUUGUUGUUGUUUAUACGGCAUUACCCAAGAUUCUUCAACAUUAGAAUAUAUGUUAGUAGAACCCAGAUGUUUACGCGACAGUUGUCUUCAUAGAGUAUUACAAAGUGAAUUUUCUAACUGGACUAGUGAUAAUUCUGAAAUCGAUGAAUUUAUUCAAAAAGCACAACUUUCAUCAUCUUAUAUUCAAUUUCCUGAAUGGAUUUCAUAUGACUCAUUAACUGAAAUAAAACAUAUUGGCAGAGGCGGAUUCUUGCUGAAAAAUUUUGACAAACUAACCCUGGAAAAUAAAUUAAGCAUAGCACAGUCUAUAUGUGUAGAACUUCAAAAUAUUCAUGCUAAAGGUUGGGUACAUGGUGAUCUUCAUUGUGAAAAUAUUUUAUUAUUAAAUGAAGAAGAUGCCUUUAUUUCAGAUUUUGGAUUAUGUCGACCAAUAAAUGAAACGAAGAUGCUUGAAAAAAAAAUUUAUGGGGUAAUACCAAAUAUUGCACCAGAGAUACUUCGUCUUCAAUCUCCAUAUUCUCAGACAGGAGACAUUUAUAGCUUAGAGGAAUUGACACUUGAUGAAUAUAAAUCUAAAAAAAAUAGAGAUAAGGUCGAUGGAUGGGAAAAUUUAAGUUUAUCACGAGAAUUGAUUAAUUCGCAUCAUGCAACUAUAACAUAUAAUACUAUGAAAUGGAAACCGGAUAUUCCUAUUCAUCCGAAUGCAGUAUAUAAAAGUCGCAUGAUUAGUAUUAUCAGUAAUCGGCUUGAAAUUUCUGAUAUACCAUACAUAAGUUUAUGA